AGUCACGUGAAAUAAGUGACAGGUGGAAUGUUUACAUCACUUAGCAACGCACAAACUGUCAUUGUUUAUUAAUAUUUUUGCAGUGGACUUUGUUUUGCCCACGGCUUUUUUACGCAUUUCGUAUUUCAUUCAAAAGGUUUCGAGCCUACAGUUUUGUUAUGUUUGCCCAAAGUCGAGCGCUCGCAAGCCGGGGAAAUUCUAUCGUCGGAAUGCUGACCCGGUCCCAAUUCGCAACCGCGCCACCAAAAGUGAACCACCAUCCCAAAAAGGAACUUUUCUUCAUGGACGUUGACGGGGAUCGGGCGUUCCUGCAGUAUCAUAAGUCCAAUGACGUGAUCACUCUGCAAGAGACCUUGGUUCCUGAGAAACUCGAGGGUCGUGGACUUGGCAAAAUGCUGGCAAAGGAAGCUCUCGAUUACGUCGCAAACAAUGAUCUUCGCAUGAAAAUCGAAUGUACAUUUAUUCAACAUUAUUUGAACAACUACGCGCCUCAAUAUAAGAAGUUUCUAGCAAAACUUUAAUGUAUUGCGUGCAUAAUUCUGUAGAAAUUGGCUUUCAUGUUGUUAUUUAGAAGUUGCAGCUUCAAUAAAAAUAAAAUCCAUUGAAAGUAAACAUGUUAGACGAGCAAGAU